CCCCACGAUAUUCUUUGCACCGAAAGAUGUUUACAAAUAUCCUUCCAUCAAAUCUACUCUACUCUCCUUCAGACAGUUUCAUACAUUUUGCAGUUCCAGUUUUGCAUUCAUGGCUUCCUCCUCCUCAUCGUUUGGAUCUCCUAUAUUAUAUGAUGCAUUCAUCAGCCACCGAGGCCCUGAUGUCAAGGAAACCCUUGCUAAACAACUCUAUCACCUUCUUCAGGAAAGAGGAUGCAGGGCAUUUUUAGACCGUGAAGAGAUACAAGGGGGAGAUUCUAUUCCUUUUGCCAUUCGCAAUGCCAUUUGCUCAUCUCUUGUGCAAAUUGCCAUUUUUUCCAAAGGAUAUGCAGACUCCUCUUGGUGUUUCGAUGAGCUUGUUCUUAUGCUACAACAACCACCUGACACCCUGUUUAUUCCUGUGUUCUACGAUGUCCAGCCAUGGGAGCUACGCCACAUCGAAAACGAGAAGUCACAGUAUGCUGCAGCAUUCUCUGAUCGUCAAAGGAAAGGUAGGAAUCUUGAUAAGUUGGAUGAAUGGAAAAAGGCCCUCGAAUCUGCUGCAGACAUAUCUGGUUAUGAACUUAGCCAUUCCUCACAUCAAGACAAUUUGUGUGAAAACAUUGUGUCUCGUGUGCUACAAGUGGUGCAAGAAAGGAAAAAUAGGAUACCAUUAGAUGUUGCGAAAUAUCCGGUUGGACUUGCUGAACUUGUCCAGGAUUUUGAAAUGAGUUGUUCACAGACAAAGAGGCAAAGAAAGGUCACGAGAGAAUUGUUAGGGAUCUAUGGACUUGGGGGGUCUGGCAAGACUACCCUGGCAAAAGAACUGUUUAACAGAAAGCGUUCGAGCUACCAUGCAUCAUGCUUUCUCUCUGAUGUGAGAGAAUCGCAUGCCAGAGGUGAAUUGCACUGCACGCAAAGCCAGCUCUUAAAAGAUCUUUUAAAUAUUGCAGAUCUAAAUUUUAGCAGCGUGCACCAUGGAAUUGGAGAGCUGAAGGAUCGUCUGGGAAGAGCAAGGCAUUUGCAUUUUCUUAUAGUCUUAGAUGAUAUUGAUCAUCAAGACCAGUUAGAUGCCCUGUUACCUCAAGGUAUGCUCAGCUUGAAUAGACUGGUAAUUAUUACAACCCGUGACCAAAGUAUGUUAAAAGGUGCAGAUAUCUGUUAUAAGAUGAAGGGAUUGAACAGGAAUCAGGCUAAAGAUCUCUUCUGUAGUCAUGCUUUCCUUGAAGGGGAUCCACCCAUUGCAUAUGAGAAAUUGGUUGAAAGUUUCGUGGAAUUCUGUGGAGGUUUACCCCUCUCCCUCAAAGUUUUGGGCGCCCAUCUUUAUGGUAGGGAUGAGUAUUAUUGGGAGCUACAAUUGGAAAAAGUUAAGAAAAUCCCGCCUAAGGAUAUAAUACAAAGACUUAAAAUCAGCUUUGAUGGUUUGGAUCAAGAGGAGAAGCAGAUAUUUAUAGAUAUUGCUUGUUUAUUCAAUAAGAAAAGCGAAGCAGAUUUGAAAAGUAUAGCUAUAUCAAUCUGGAAUGCAUCCGGUUGGAGCGCUGAACAUGCAGUUCAAAUCCUGCAAGAUAAGUGUCUAAUUGAAGUGGGUUCGGGCUUGUGGGCUAUGUUUCGAAUGCAUGAUCACCUCCGCGAUCUGGGAAGACAAAUGGCAGAUGAGUUGGGGCCUCCUCGGCUGUGGAGACCACACAUUCUUACAUCUAUGGAAGCAAAAGGACUUAAGCAAAUCCUAGCAGAAACAAAGGGCAGGUGUUUCCAUUCAUUCAAGGAUUCGUCCCUCAAAAGCACAAUUACUUUUUUUAUAAUGAAUUCAAAUGAUUCUGCUGAGACUGACCUCCUGUGGCUUGAAAUUCUAAAUGAAAGUUCCAGCUUAAAAGAAAUUCCUUCAUGGAUUCCUCUACGAAAAUUGCAAUGUUUAUCUGUUUACCGCAUGGAAGAACUGUGGAGCACUUUUCAGCAGCAAUUGCAGAUCAAUACCCAGGCCAGUUUCGAGUUGAGAAUGCUGGAGAUUUACUACUCUGCCGGGCUGCAAAAGCUUCCAGAUUUAAUAGGAAUGUUCAGUCAUUUGCAAGACUUAGGAAUAAGGUGGUCCUUAGAGAAGACUGAUAUAACAUCCCUCCUAGAAUCGCUUAAACAACUUAGUAAUCUUAGAUCAUUAUGGUUGCGGGGUAAGGGUGGCAUCUUCUUCAGUAAGAAUUUGAAUCUGAGCAAAGUUACAGACUCUACAAGCAGCCGCAUGACUAGCCUUGAAAACAUAGAUUUUCGUAGAUUUAGUAAUAUAUCUAAGCUGCUAAUUAGUGGAGAGAUUUGUCCUAGACUUCGAUCAUUGAAAGUUGACAAUAUGUGGGAUCUAAUUGAAAUGGACUUAAAGCAGCUAGACAGACUGAAUACUCUUGACGUGAGCCACUGUGGUGAAUUGGAAACAAUAUCAGGGUUAUCUUCUCUAAUAGGGCUUCAGUUUCUUAGACUGUAGGAUUGCCCCAAAUUGGAAACAAUAAUAGAGUUGUCUUCUGCAAUAGGGCUUCAGUCUCUUAUAGUGCAGCAUUGUCCCAAAUUGGAAACAAUAUUAGGGUUAUCUUCUGUAACAGGGCUUCAAUAUCUUACAUUAAAGAAUUGUCACAAAUGGAUAACAGUACCAGGGUUAUCUUCUCUAACAGGGCUUCAAGUAUUUAGAGCAGAGGAAUGUGGCUUCAACUCGUUGCCCACACUUGCACAUCUACAUCUUCUUGAGCGAAUCACUAUUUCAAAAUGUUAUUGGCUGCAGAGUGUGGAAGGUUUUGAAGGGUUGCAAGGUUUGAAAAGCCUGAUAAUUGAUCGCAGUGGAUAUGCUUGGGUACGGAAUUUCUUCUCUGGACUGAGGGUAAUACUGUUUUUCUCAACGCAAACAAUUGAUUUUGAGGGGAAAGCCUGUUUAUUUAUAUUGUUGUGAAAAGUGAAAUAGGUGAUUUUUCAUUGUGUUUUGGAUAGGGAAAAAGAAACAUUACUACUUCAAAAUUGUGCUUUACUUUUCUGAUAUUUGUAUUAAUUAUUUAAUGUUUUAUGUUGAAAUUUUAAAUGUUUCAGAGGCUUCCAUCAGACUAUACUAUUUUAACAGGGGUGUCAUUGGAUACAUCAUCGUCCAGAUUGGAUGUAAAUUUGUUUUCUGAGGUGAUGGGCACCCAAACAGUUAUUGAGAUUGAGAAAUUGGAUGAGAGAAGCUCAUCAAACGCAAUCACUAUAUAUGCUUUCCUUGGAAGAUAUAAUCAUGAUCCUACUUACAUCAGAGAUAAAUUUAUAUGCUUGACAUUUGUAGGUGAACAGAAGAUUGGAACAAGAAUAGAGUGCAUUAGAAUAUCGGGCUUCAACAUAAAGAAGGGGUUUAAGGUGACAAUGAAUGAAGGGGAAGGAGGACAGGCUUUAAUGUUAAUGCAAAGAAUUUUUGAUCGAUUAUAUGGAGAUCUCGACUUUGAAAGAAGAAGGAUUGGGAAGUGUAAUUUGCUUUGACUAUCUAUUUUUGAAAAUCUUUUGUUCUUUGUUUCAUUCAAGUCGUUAAUUUCCAGUAUUCUUUAUUCAAUAACAUAAAGGUCUUUCAAUAUUUUCUUAUCA